AUGUCUGAGGAUAAAGAAGCCCAGGAGAAUGAACUGCUUGCUUUAGCAAGUAUCUAUGAUGAAGAGGAGUUCCGCCGCGCAGAGUCUGCUCAGGGCGGAGAGAUACAGCUGUGUCUGGAGCUCCCUCCCAAUUUCAAGCUGCUGGUGAAAGGAGACAAGACAGCUGAAUAUAAUGUCUGCUUUUUACCUCCCUUGGUGCUCAAUUUCGAGCUUCCUGCAGACUAUCCGUCUACAUCUCCACCGGUUUUUUCACUCAGCUCCAAAUGGAUGACCAAAGCUCAGCUGAGUUCUCUGUGCCAGCGCUUGGAUGAGUUGUGGGACGAAAAUCAGGGUUUUGAGGUCCUUUUCAUGUGGAUCCAGUUCCUGAAAGAGGAGACUCUGAACUUUCUGAGCAUCCAGUCUCCUCUUGAACUCUACAGGAGCAGCAUUAAGGGCGGUGGUGAACGGAGGAAAACAGACCCUGAAGCAAAAGCUGGGACACAGUGCAUGAGCCAGUCUGAAAAACCAGAGGAGAAAAAAGCAGACGUGCAGAAAGAGAACUCUGACCAGCACUUUUCACCGUCCUCUCAGUCGGACCCACGCGCCGUGGUUCUGAUGGACCCCCACUCAGACCCCUUACCUCAGCUCCUGGACUUUGAUGAGGCGCAGCGGCAGAGGGCAUUCGAUGGAAAGGUGUUCUGCUGCGGCAUCUGUUUUUCAGACAAACUGGGUGCCAGUUGUCUCUGCUUUAAGGGGUGCCAACAUGUUUACUGUAAGGUGUGCAUGACAGAGUACUUUCAGAUUCAAAUACGGGACGGCAACGUCCAGUGCCUUAACUGCCCUGAACCCGAAUGUACCUCACUAGCCACUCCAUCACAGGUGAAACAGCUUGUGGACGAGGAGUUGUUUGCCCGGUAUGACCGUUUGCUCCUUCAGUCAAGCUUGGACCUCAUGGCUGACGUCGUCUACUGUCCACGUCACUCGUGUGGGACGGCUGUUAUGGUGGAGCCAGACACAACCAUGGGCAUUUGCUCGGCUUGUCAGUAUGCUUUCUGCACGCUGUGCAAGCUGGGAUACCACGGCGUCUCUCAUUGUAAAAUAACAGCAGAUGAUCUGCGUAGCCUGAGAGAUGAGUACCUGUCAGCCACGCCUGAGGGCCAGAAGUUCAUGGAGCAACGCUUCGGGAAGAGGGUGGUCCAGAAAGCGGUGGAGGAAUCCUUCAGCAGAGACUGGCUCAAGGAGAACUGCAAAUGCUGCCCCCGCUGUGGAACCAAUAUACAGAAAGUGGAUGGCUGUAACAAGAUGACGUGCACAUCUUGUAAGCAGUACUUCUGCUGGCUGUGCCUCGGUGCCCUCAGCAAAGUCAACCCAUACAGCCACUUUAACAACCCUCACUCACCCUGCUUUAACCAACUCUUCCAUGGUGUUGAUGUGGAUGAUGAUGAAUUCUGGAGCGAUGAGGAGGACUGACGCCAGCGCCGCCUCUCAGCUCUACAUCUAAAUGCACUUUAUCCUUCAUCACAUGGCCAUGGAUUCAUCUACGCUGGAACUGAAACGCCACCACAGCCACAUACUUUUUACACAGUCAUCGAGUGUUUUGAACAUUGUCAUGCCAUAGAGAGGACAGGAAGACAAUCAGCUAUGUAAAGUGUUUAUAGUCACAGUCAUUGUGUUUAAAUUAUACAGGUCUCAACAAUAUAGGCCUGCUGAACAGAUGGCAAACAACUGCAGGGAUUUUAGAAAAGUUUAGCAUCUUUUCUGUUUGCCUUUACCUUUCACUAAUAAGCUAUAUUGGUUAGUGGUUGGUUAAUGGUCUAACAAGGGUUCUGAUUAUGAAACUGUUAUAAACAUGAAAUCUCAAGUCAGUGAAAGAUUUGCAAAGGAAGGAAUAAGUUGUACUGUCAUAUAGAUAAUUAAUCAAAUAGACUAUGUCCUGUCUUGUCUCAUAGCAAAUCAUUUCUUUAUGUCAUAGGCCUUAUAGCAACCAGCUAAAUAUGGAGAAUCUACUGAAUGUUUUCAUUAAAAAAUUGAAGGAGUCUAUCCUUAUAGCCUGCCUCAACAUGUCAAAAGUAAAACACAGCAUCUUUCUUUUCAAAUUCAAGAUUGAUAUUAAUGAUAUUUCAGUCAUAUGAGGAUUGUGUCCAAAACAGAAAUUUCUCUCUCUAUAAUGACAAAGUCAGAGCACAAUGAAAUCAUGAACAGUUUGAGUGUGUAGUGAAGUUCAGUGCAUUGGCUUCUUUGGUUUGCAGCUUGAACUAUGACUAUAGUUUGUGUUCAUGAAAAAACAGGUGCUUUAUGCAGAGUUUGUGGUUGGCUACAUUAGAUUUACUGUUUUUUUUAAAUUAUUUAAUAAUGCCAAAUAAUUAUACAGAAAAAGAGGCAAAAACUUAGAAAGACAUACCAAAUGUUUACUUUACAUUUCUGUUAUAGAUUAACCCAACACAACAGUUUCAGCACCUUGUGUGACAGUUUGAAGUUGGUUCAGAUUAGAAGAAACACAUUGGGAUGCUUAGCCUUAAAAAGCAUAUGAUGGAUUUUUGUCCCAAGUUCACAUCAACACUGUUCAUUUCUCUUGUAAGAACACAGAAUGACGUUCAAUGCACUAAAAAAUAAUAAAUAUUCCAAUAAACAGUU